AUGGAUGUGGACAUGGACAGGGACCUCUGGCAGCGGCACAUCCCGAGUCGUGCUGCACAGAACCGUUUGCGUGCCGCUGAGACAUGGCUGGCGAGGUCUGGCGCGCUCCCCGUCUCCAUCAUGUUCCGGUGCCGAACUCACGAGCCAGCCACCAUCAUAUCCGCUGCGCUCGAGACGCUCCUGUCCCACCGCGCCCGCUGGCAGUACGCCGACAUCACGUUGCCCGCUGCGUCGCCUGUCUCAGAGCUGGAGACGGGCGCGCGCCUUGUCAUGCCCUUGCUCCGCAAGCUCCACGUCACCGGCGCCAGCUUCGACACAGACCAAUGUCUCGCCCUGCUCAGUGCCCCGAACCUGCACACCCUCGUCGGGCAGCUCGCGGACGACACGUACUACUCAAAGAUGCGCACCCUCCGGCUCGCCGACGCGGACAUCUGGCAGACUCGCAGCCUCACCACGCUCAAAUUGUGCGAAAUCGCGCUCACCUAUGUCGCGCCGAUCCUCGCUCGCACGCCCGCGCUGGCCCACUGUUGGCUGGACAUUUGGGGCUGGCCGCCUGCGGGUGCAGGUGCCGCGCUCCCCGUAAUACACCUGCCCAAGCUAGAGACACUCGUCCUCACGGGCGAAGCGCAGGCGAGCGAGGUCAACUCUCUGCUGAACGCAAUCGCCACGCCCGUCCUCCAGCGGCUCGGCAUCGCCGGCGGCUUUGUCCUUGGCUUUGCACCCACGCAGGCAGAAGCUGACGUGAACAACCUGUUGCGUCUCGCAGAGAAGGUCGGAUGUCACCAGGCGCUCACGACGCUCGCGAUUGCGGGCAAGGGCGACGCUUGGAGCCGGCUUGUGGACCACAUGUUCGCUGUUUUCUCCGCGCUGCAACAGGUUUACGCGAAACCGGACGAAUGGCCAGCGGCGGUGGAGGAUUUUUGGGGCACCAAAACGGUGGUGUAG